UCCUCUCUCAAAAUAGGAAUAGGGCGAGGGCGAGGGCCAGGGCGAGGGCGAAAUUGAAUUGAAAGAAGAAUCUGUAUGGCCUCAUCAUCAAAGUGCCCGCCUUUGGGAUUUGCAGGUGAAUACUAUACUACGAAUUCGGGGAGUGAGGCGGGUUGUGUGAGGCACAGCAGUUUCUUCAAUGACGAGACCGUCCUCAACCAAGCCGUGGGCUACUCUGUCAUCUUAGGUUUUGGGGCUUUCUUCGCUGUCUUCACAUCUUUCUUGGUAUGGCUAGAAAAGCGUUAUGUUGGAUCCAGUCACACAUCCGAAUGGUUCAACACAGCUGGCAGAAAUGUUAAAACAGGGCUCAUUGCUAGUGUCAUUGUAUCACAGUGGACUUGGGCUGCAACAAUCUUGCAAAGUUCCAACGUUGCUUGGGAAUAUGGUGUUAGUGGGCCUUUUUGGUAUGCUAGUGGUGCCACAAUCCAGGUUCUUUUAUUUGGGAUCAUUGCUAUAGAAAUCAAAAGAAAGGCACCUUAUGCUCAUACUGUUUGUGAAAUUCUUAGAGCCAGAUGGGGAACUGCUGCUCAUAUUGUCUUCCUUGGCUUCUGCUUCCUGACAAACAUAAUCGUGACAGCUAUGCUGCUUCUAGGUGGUUCGGCUGUUGUAAAUGCACUAACUGGAGUCAAUAUUUAUGCUGCUAGUUUUCUCAUACCUCUCGGUGUGAUUGUAUAUACACUAGCUGGAGGACUCAAGGCCACCUUCUUGGCAAGCUACAUACACUCAGUUAUUGUGCAUCUGGUUUUGGUAAUUUUUGUCUUCUUGGUCUACACUACAAGUAGCAAGCUUGGGAGUCCAAGGGUUGUAUAUGAUCACCUUUUGGAAGUUGCUAGCAAAUCAAGGAUUUGCCAAGAUCCUUUUUCACAUGAGGGUCAAGCGUGUGGGCCAGUGAAUGGGAACCACAACGGCUCCUACUUGACAAUGUUAAGCUCGGGUGGCCUCGUUUUUGGAAUCAUCAACAUUAUUGGCAACUUUGGUACUGUAUUCGUGGACAAUGGGUAUUGGGUUAGUGCCAUAGCAGCUCGCCCAUCAUCAACUCACAAGGGCUAUUUGUUGGGUGGCCUUGUUUGGUUUGCAGUUCCAUUUUCAUUGGCAACAUCAUUGGGUCUGGGUGCCCUAGCCCUUGAUCUCCCAUUAACAGAAAGUGAGGCUAGUCAUGGACUCGUACCACCUGCUACUGCAAUAGCUUUAAUGGGAAAAGGGGGUUCAAUUCUCCUCCUUACGAUGCUAUUCAUGGCUGUGACAUCCGCCGGUUCCUCCGAACUCAUUGCAGUCUCAUCUUUAUGCACCUACGACAUCUACCGGACCUAUGUCAAUCCAAAUGCAACUGGAAAACAAAUCCUCAAGGUCUCAAGAGCAGUGGUCCUCGGAUUUGGAUGCUUCAUGGGUGUUUUAGCAGUCAUACUGAACAAGGCUGGAGUUUCACUUGGGUGGAUGUAUCUUGCAAUGGGUGUUCUCAUUGGUUCUGCGGUUUUACCCAUAGCUUUUAUGCUUUUAUGGAGAAAGGCAAACGCUAAGGGUGCCAUUAUUGGUGCCCUCCUAGGUUGUUUUUCUGGCAUUAUAACAUGGUUAUCAGUGACAAAAGUUGAAUAUGGUCGUGUAAAUCUUGACACCACUGGUCGAAAUGCACCAAUGCUUGCUGGUAAUCUUGUUUCCAUACUAUUUGGAGGGCUUGUGCAUGCAUUGUGUAGUUUCAUAUGGCCUCAGAAUUAUGAUUGGGAAACAACCAAGCAAAUAACUGUGGUGGAGAAGGAUAAGGGUGAUUUGCCAGCCGAGGAGUUCAAGGAGGAAAAACUAGUGAAAGCUAAAGCUUGGAUUGUGAAGUGGGGGGUCGGCUUCACCAUCGUGAUUGUCAUAUUGUGGCCACUGCUCUCUCUUCCAGCAGGUGAAUUCAGUAUUGGGUACUUCACAUUUUGGGCAGUUGUUGCAAUAACAUGGGGCACAGUUGGUUCUGCUGUGAUCAUAGUUCUACCAUUGGUUGAGAGCUGGCAAACACUCCAGAUGGUUUUCCUUGGCAUGUUCACAAAUGACAGAUUAAUGGAAAAACUUGAACAAAUGAACACCAAAAUGCAAGCCAUAAUCAUGGCUUUACCCGAGGCAGAGCGGCUUUAUUUGUUAGAGAGAGACAAUGCAAAGAAAAAAGAUAUACUGGAAGAGAAGAGCAAUCUUGUUUGAACUUCAUCAGUUCAGUUAAUGCCAUUGUCAUGAAAUUCCAAGGAAUGUGAACGUACGAUAGCUCAAGGCAUGUUAAUACCAUUGUAAUUAAAUUAUAAAGAAAUGUAAACUGAUGCUCUAGAUAUCAACACCAUGGGACCUGAAUGGUUCAAAUUCUCCGAUGAGUAAGGUGUAAUUAUGUUGAAUUGACAUUGUUAUAAAAUUACCUACUUCAUAUUACCAUA